GACAGCUCAGAAGUUACUCAGCAGCAGGAAUCAGACCGGCAGCUCCAGCCUCCGCGCACUCCCACGGCUGUCACGCGCCCCCAGCCCCGCGCGCCCCGAGGAGACUCGUCCAAGCUGGAUUCCCGGAGCGCGUCGCCAUGCCUGCCCGGGUUUAGGUUCUCCAUGGAGCUGUCCAACCUGUACGAGGCGGCGCCCCGACCCCUGAUGAGCGCGCUGACCCACAGCCAGCAGCCCCCCCCCGGCUACAGAGACCCGGCUGAGGGCGGCGGGGACAUCGGGGACGCGGAGACGUCCAUCGACCUGAGCGCCUACAUCGACCCGGCGGCCUUCAACGACGACUUCCUGGCGGACCUGUUCCACCACGGCGCACGGCAGGACAAGCUGAAGCUGCUGAGCGGGGAGUACGAGCAGUGCGGGGGGGCCCCGCAGCCGCUCUACAUGAACAACUACAUGGAGUCCAAGCUGGAGCCGCUCUACGAGCACAACCCGCCGCGCCUGCGCCCGGUGGCCAUCAAGCAGGAGCCGCGCGACGACGACGAGCUGAGCGGGGGCAUGCCCCCCACCUACCCGCAGCAGUACCCCCCGCAGCCCCCGCAGCCGCAGAUGCCCCACCUGCAGUACCAGAUCGCGCACUGCGCGCAGACCACCAUGCACCUCCAGCCGGGCCACCCGACGCCCCCGCCGACCCCGGUGCCCAGCCCGCACCACCACCACCACCACCACCACCACGGGCACGCGCAGCAGGGCGGCAUGAAGCUGCUGGACCAGCGGGGGGGCAAAUCCAAGAAGCACGUGGACAAGAGCAGCCCGGAGUACCGACUGCGGCGCGAGCGCAACAACGUGGCCGUGCGCAAGAGCCGCGACAAGGCGAAGCUGCGCAACAUGGAGACGCAGCAGAAGGUGGUGGAGCUGAGCGCCGACAACGAGCGCCUGCGCCGGCGCGUGGAGCACCUGACGCGCGAGCUGGACACGCUGCGCGGCAUCUUCCGGCAGCUCCCGGACGGGUCCUUCAAGCCGCUCAGCUGAGGCGCGCGCGGGGUGGAACUGAGCUCGUGCCUUCUCCGCGCGCACAGGCAGAUAAGCUCGUUUUUGUGCCUCAUCCGAUGCAGCUAAGCGCGCGCGCAGCCUUUGGAGCUUCCCGCGUGCGCUUCCAGCCUGCAGGCGCGCACGGACUCUGGAGCGCACGUGCGUGACUGAACUGUGAUCGUGCAGACAGACGUUCCGGUUCUCAAACCAAAGUAAAAAGUGGAUUAAAACUGGAAUCGAACCCGCGGAGCCGCGAGGAGGUCGGACGCGGACUGAACGUCCUCCCCAGAACCUGGUGUUUAUGCAACAACCAGCGGUGCCUUCUGACCCUCUCUGGUGACCUUUGACCUUCGCCUGAUCUGUCCAGUGAGGAACAAGGAAGCACUUGUUUGUUUGUUUGUUUGUCUGAACUGUAAAAUAAGCCUCUAUAUAAAUAUAUAUAUGUACGAAAGAAUAUAUGUAAAAAUAUCUUGUAAUAAAAACUUUGGUUCAGA